UUAUAGUUGUAAUUUACAAUAAAUAACAUCAUUAAAUAAAAUAACUGUGUUAAAUAGAAAAUAUUUGUUGUUUUUUUUUUAAUUGUUGAAUAGUUUGUGAUUUAAUUUUUUUUAUCAAUGAAAAAGUGAAAAAUUGUAAUUUUAAUUGUAAAAAUGGGGUCGUUUAUGAAAAUUCGCUCUGGGCUGAAUGUUCUGAGUAAUUUUUUGAAACCAAGAGUUGAGAUGCUGACAAUUCCAUAUCGUGAGAGAUACAGUAAAUUGAAUCCCAAGCCAAGGAAACGUCUUCCACCUUGGCUGCCUAAACAGACACGAACAUUAUACAGAGAUGACGUGACACUGGAGAACAGAGGAUAUGUAAAAGAAGUAUUGGAGACAAACUACGGAUCUCCAGAUCCGUUGAGCAAAUGUUAUUCUCCUUUGAAGGUAGCACCCAUUGAACCCUCUCCAGAAUGGGUUCGAGGAUCAAGAAGAACUGGCACCAUUGCCCGUAAAAUCGGGAUUUACCCGAUGUGGCUGAAGAAUGGGAAGAAAGUUCUCGCUACUUUGUUACACAUUUGUGACAACCAUGUCAUCAAAUAUAUUCCUCCUGAAAAGUGGGAACCAGGUCAUAGGACGAGGCAUAUUAUUCCUAAGAGAAAAUUGGGAUGCUUGGUUGUCGGAGCUGAAAGCUCUGACCCACAAUUGUUUACUAAAGAAUAUUGCGGAUUAUUUUAUAACGCUGGUGUGAUGCCCAAAAGACUUUUAUCACGUUUUACCGUCACGCCCAACGGUGCACUACAGCCUGGAACGCCAUUAUUGGCGACUCAUUACAGACCUGGUGAUGUUGUUGAUAUCAGAGGCAAAACAAUUGACCGGGGGUUCCAAGGUGUAAUGAAACGUUGGGGUUUCCAUGGUAUGCCUGCAACUCAUGGUGUAACUAAAACUCAUCGUCGGCCUGGUAAUAUUGGUUCAGGAGGCCAGAAAGCUCGUGUUAUGCCUGGUACUAAAAUGCCUGGACAUAUGGGUAAUAGAUAUCGUAUAUUUCGUGGUCAGAGAAUUCUACGGGUGAAUUACAAGUACAACGUAAUAUGGGUCCUAGGACAAGUAUGUCCAGGAGAAACAAACUCUCUGGUCCACGUAUACGACACCUUGCUACCGAGACGACAGCCUGAAACACCACCUCCUUUUCCCACUUUCAUCCCUACACCAGAUACUGAGCUCCCCGAUGAAGCUUGGGCCGAUGACGUUCAUCCUUUCGGCGCUCCGACAAUCGAGUUUGAGCCAGAAAAAUAAAAUUUUUUAUAAGAAAUAAAUUUUUAGAUUUAAUAAAUGUAUUAUUAAAAAAAAUUA